UCUGUGAUUGGUCGAAAUGAGAGGGGUUCUCAACCCGAAGAGAUCCGCCUGCACGAGAAAAUAAAAGAAAUAUAAUAACAUCGGGAAAUGAUCUAAAAUCCGACUUGAAGAUCUUCAGAGCUUUGACUGAAAUAAAGACAAUUCACUUGGGAUCUAAUAUUGUUUGACCCCUCCUGGACCAUUUGGGGGAGAGGAUGGCGAAUUUAGUGAGAAACAUCUUCAAAUAUUCAAGGGAUUAUUUGAGGUCAUCCUAUCGACUUGUCCAUAACGAUGUCAAUAAGGAUAAAGUGGAGACACAGAUACAGAAGGAUGAUGAUGAUUUUUCAAGAAGAAAUUACACCAAGCCAACAGACACCCAGUCCCCUCGCAUCGUUAAUUUCUUCGAGGAUAGUCCCUCAACGAAGACAACCUCCUCUGACACUUGGACAUAUCGAAGUCAAGAGCUUCCCAAACCCGAUCUACCCUCCAAAAACUAUUUAGUAAGAGAAUUAAGACAAGACACCCAGAAUUUACGAACUGGAAUUAACGAGAACCGUUCGCGGGAGCAGUCCAAUGCAAACCUAACGAACCUCUUAAUUGAGAUUAAAUCGGCUCUGGAGGAAAUUAAAAGACGAGAGGUCCAGACCAAUACAGUAGCAAAUAUCCCCAGCACGUAUCUCGGCCAUUUGAGGAUGAUGAUUGUGAAGAAUGAGAGAGAAGAUAGGGAAAAACGAAGAUUAAAUAUUCUUAUCAUUGGGCUGAGUGUUCUCGAGGAAGACGUGACGUCCAGGGUUUCAGAGUUACUGGAGAAGCACUUGAACCUAUAUGACUGUGUGGCAUCUGCUCGAGUGAUGGGGAAAAAUAAUAAUGUUGUGCUGGUGCAACUGAAAAGCGCAGAGGCCAAGGCUGAGAUCCAGAAGAAUCAGGCGGUUCUUAAGCCCAUGGGAAUCAAAAUUCGUCCGGAUUUGACUGCUGGGCAGAGGUUUCUCCACAGGAGACUCCGGGAAAUCGGAUUGGAAGCCAUGAAGCUGGGAAAAUCUGUCAAAUUUGGAUAUAUGUGGAUUCGAAUUGAUGAUGUCAAGUAUUAUUGGAACUACAGGACUGAUUCCCUUCAGCCUCAGAGAUCUGGGAAUGAAUGGAACUCGUGAGAGACAUUAGGGUUUUCGCGACCUCGUCUGGCCUGAUGUUAGAAAAUUUAUUUAUUGCAGUUAAUUGAGGUACCACCGGGAUUCGUUAUUUUUUAUUAAUUUAUUUGCAGAUUUAUCUGCGAACGAAUGAGUUAAUUAGAGCAUCGAAUAAAUGAAAUCCACAGUACAGCUCUCGAAUUGGUGAAUUAUAGAAAAAAAUAAUUUUUAACGAAAUUGUCUCAUUUGUGUCUUAUAUUUUUAACAGCCGAUGGCUGGAACAAAUUUCGAUAUUUAAUUCGUGGCAGAAUAUCUUCAUUACUGAAAAUAAUUUCGGAUGUUUCGCUCUGUAAAAAGUAUAAACUUAUACAGUGGAAAAUAAAGUAUUAUUUGAAUUUUGUUCA